GCGCGUGUUGACAAGCACCAAAGCAACAGCUAGAGACGAGAGGCCUUCACAAAACUUAAAUUGCUGAAAUGGACAGAGCGGGAGACAAUGAAGUGCUGAGAUCAGCAAGGCACCUUUUGUCACUUUUGACUCAAGAAAGACCUGAUGGACCUUCAAUGAGUCAGAGUAUGAAUAGAUCAACUCAUGUUAGAGUCCAACCUCAGGAGCCAUCAUCUUCUGUUCAAACAGAAAUGACCAGGUCCUUUCCUGGAUUAUUCUCAAAUCGCAGAGGAAAACGACGCUUCACUGGAACAUGUCCUGUGCCCAUUAAACCAAAACCAUUUCAGGUCAUGUUCCACCUGCUGCCGGCUCAAUGUGAGCGGACCCCUAGUGGCCCAGAUCAACUGCUCCAUACACAGGCAGGACGAGGACGCAGAACUGCCAUUCUUGAUGAAAACAUGACUCAUCAGGAGUUAUGCGAUAAACUUACCGAAUUAUAUCGCAAACUUGGUGGGGUAACUGGUGGUUGGCUCCUGUAUAAAGCAUCAGGGGGUUGGGGAAGUCGGAAGCUCACCCUAGUGGCACCUGCAGACUGUGGGUACACAGGCAGGCUUAUUAAAGCGACAAAAAUAGGGGAGAAUUCUAUUCUGUACAUUGCUCCACUUCAAGAUGAACUGGACACUGCUCCCUUGCCACCUUCAUCAGACGCAUUUCGCAAUAUGCCUAAGGCAUUAUGCAAAAAGUGCAACACAUCGUUCCCCCUUCAGCUCCUUACAAAUCACAUCAAGACGUGUUCUGAUGUUGUUUUGGUCGAAGAUGAAAACGAAAGUCAGGAUGUGGAAAGUGUGAAAAAGAACAAUGAACAGGGUUGCUGUCCUAUUUGUCAAGAGGAAAUGCCUCUUGACAUCUUGGAAUUGCAUGCCAGUGAAUGUGGUGAAAGACCAAUGGAUGAUGAAACAAACACAGCGGAGUUGUCAUGUAUGGAUAACGAAGUGAAUGACACUGCUGAGUUUUCAUGCAUGGAUAAUGAUUGGAAGACCCAUCUGGAUCCAAAAAUGGCUGCAACCUUGUACAAAAAGGAAAUUCUCCAACUGCACGAGACAGGGAAACCUCUUUUUAUGUUUAUGUUCUUGAGAUCAUGUACUGAACAGGAGAGGCAACUGAUCAACUUCUACAAGCAAAGAAAUGUAGAGUGGGCAUGUCCUGUAAAAUGUCAACUUCAAGGAGAUGCUGCAGUUGGCGAUGGAGUCACCAGGCACUUGUUUUCAACAGUUCUUGAAAAACUGAAGUAUGGUUUCAGUUUGAACUUGGGAAACACAGGAGUUACUUGCCUCUUUGAGGGAGAGCCAGACCACUUGGUUCCCUCAUCAUCACAAUUCCUUAUUGAAAGCGAUCUCUUCCUAGUAGCAGGGAGAAUGCUAGGCCAUUCCUUUCUGCACGGUGGCCCGUGUCUUGCAGGGCUCAGCAGAGCCUUUGUUCAUGUGCUCCUGCAAGGUUCUCAAGAUACAACCACUUUGCAAUUGGAGGACUGCCCAGAUGUUGACAUUAGAGGUCUUCACGGGUCCACUUGGAUCCGAAAACCCGAGGUCCGACCCGAGACCCGAGCGGGUUUGGGUCCAAAACUCCGACGAGUGUCUCGGACACGGGUCGGGUUCGGUAUUAGUGGCCUCGGGUCUCGGCUCAGUGGGCCAUUGAAUGAGGACCAGUAUAGUAAAGUCUUGGAACUUUGUUUGUCCUGGGAUCUUCCUGGUCCAACAGAAGAAAAUACAAGGUGGCUUUAUGAACGUCUGCUGUCACAUGCGGUUCUUGGGAGAAGAACACGCCAAGUCAAACAAAUCAGGCGAGGACUGAAAGACACUUUUGUUUGGGCUCUUCUAACUGAGAGGAAGGAUGUGGUAUUCUUCCCCAAAGAAUCAGAGGACUCAUGCACUCCAGAGAUGCUGCUUUCCCAUAUCUCCUGGCCUAAAGAGAGUGAUGACGAAGAUGACGACGAAUACUCAGUUGAUAACAUUGAGACGGAAGCGGUUUCAAUCAAGACUGUUACAGUCAUCCUCAGUCGCAUCCAUAUCUGGUGCACCCUCUUCAUCAGCACCCUGUGCUGUGUCCACCUCUAUAAUGGCCUCAUCAACCUCAUGCCCUCCUGCCCUGUCCUCAUCAACAUCAACACCUCCCACGUCACCUUCAUCAUCCUCGCCUUAUUCCGGAAGUUCCGUCUGUGA